ACCUUGCGCUGCCUCGCUUGGGUGUUGUGGUACCCAGUUCAGCGGAUGCAAGAAGAUCAGCUGUUUUGGGAGCAUCAUUGCUAGGGAACCAUGGCCAGCCAGACACAGGGAAUCCAGCAGCUGCUGCAGGCUGAGAAGAGGGCUGCCGAAAAGGUGGCAGAGGCUCGGAAACGAAAGGCCCGGAGGCUGAAGCAGGCCAAGGAAGAAGCCCAGGCUGAAAUCGAGCAAUAUCGCUUGGAGCGUGAGAAAGAGUUCCAGCAGAAGCAGCAGGCGGCUCUGGGCUCGCAAGGGAACCUGUCUGCUGAGGUGGAAGCCCAAACCCGCAAGAAACUGCAGGCGAUGCAGGGAGGACAGGCCCGGGGCAAGGAUCGGGUCCUGCGACAGCUUCUCACCAUUGUUUGGGACGUGCGACCCCAAAUACACCCCAAUUACCGCACAGCUGCCUAGUUGACCCAUCGGCCCAGCCUGCAGUUGCUAUCGAGGGGACCUUACUGACCAGCAUCAAACAUAUAUAACGUCCCUGAUUCCUAAAAGCAGUGGUGCAGUUAAAUAAUUUUAUCUCGGCCCUUAACGGUGUUUUGGGAACUAUUUAGAUGAUGAUGAUUUCACCUUAAUAAUAAUAACUGUUGCUCCCAGCUACUCUGGGCAGCUUCCAACACAUAUAAGAACAUAAUAAAACAUCA